GUACAGUUAAUUUAUUUUUUAACUUCAAUUAAUGUUAGGUUAUUGUAUGAUAUUUAUAUUUUUAAUUAUUUUAUGAUGAGUGAUCAUGUUCAAGAUGUUAAUUUUAUUACUUGUGAGUGUGGCAAACAAGAAAAUAAUAUGAGCAGUUAUAAUUGGCUAUUGCAUAUAGCUUCUUGUGUAGUGCGAAAGUCAAAACUUACAAAUAAAAAUAUAAGCAACUAUUUCUCAAAAACGCCAACAAUCAAUAAAAAUGUUGGGUCAAACGAAAUUAGUGUUGCUGUUGCACCAAUUUCAGAAUCCACAACUUCAUCACAAAAUACUGAUAUUGGAUCAAAAAGAGGAAAUUUAGUUUCAAUAAAUCAAGGACUUCCAUUGUUUUUUAACACACCAAAAACAUUUACUAGCUAUCAACCAAAUGAUACAAAAUUAUCAUCAGUUUCAAACAAUGAAUCACCACCAACAACUCAAUUUUCACCUCAACAAGACAAUUUGUCCAACUUCCACUGUGAUAUAGAUAGGUUACUGGUAAAAUCAUUUGGCGCGCAUACUUAUGAAGACAAAAUGGAUAUUGUUUUGAGAGGGAGGCCUACUCCUAAAUUACCUAAUUUGAAAUCUAAAACUAAAAAUUGUUACCGAUAUUUUAAUGAAUGUUUUUAUAAAACAUGUGACUGGCUUUGUGGUUGUUCGGAUAAAUUGUACUGUUGGCCCUGUUUGCUCUUUUCACAUAGUGAAUCGAAUAUUUGGUCAAAAUAUGGGUUUACUGAUAUGUCUAAUUUUCAUGGGUUAAAAACUAGACACGAAUCAAGUCAGCUACACAUUCAAGCCUUGGUAAAUUUAAAAACUUUUGGGAAUAAUAGGAUAGAUAUUUGUUUAAGUGAAAAUUUAAAAAAAAACAUAAAUAAACAUAAUGAAAAAGUAGAUAAUAAUAGGUAUGUUAUAAGUAAAUUAAUUGAUAUCACUUGUUUCCUUGCCAAACAAGAAUUAGCUUUUAGAGGUCAUGAUGAAAAAUCAAGUUCUUUAAAUAGAGGCCUUUCAAAUGACAUACAAAAUGAUUUAAUUAAUUCUAUAAAAAAUGUUAUAAUUACAAAAAUUAAAAAUGAAAUUAAAGAUGCUGACUUCUUAGCAGUAAUCACGGAUGAAACAACUGAUAUUACAAAAAGAUCACAACUCACAACAGUAUUUAGAUAUGUUAAUGACAAAGGUGUUCAAGAGAGAUUUAUUGGGUUUUCUGAUGUUAGUGCUGAUAGGUCAGCUAAAUCUUUGGCUGAUCAUUUUUUUUCAAUACUUCCAGAGUAUAUAUGUGAUGAGAACAAAUUAGUUGCUCAGACAUAUGAUGGAGCUGCUGUUAUGUCUGGUUCUCAUAAUGGUUUGCAGACUUUGAUAAAACAGAAAUAUAAAAAUGCAAUGUAUAUUCAUUGCUAUGCACAUAAACUUGAUUUAGUUCUUAAGCAGUCAGUGUCUCAUAUUAAGGAAUGUAAAAUAUUUUUUACAAAUCUAAACGGGUUUGCGGUUUUUUUCUCUAAUAGUACAAAAAGAAUAAAUGAGUUAGAUUUAAUUGUUAAAAAACGGUUUCCAACUAUUGCACCAACAAGGUGGAAUUAUAAUAGUAGAUUAAUUAAUAUUAUGGUUGAACAUAAAAAAGAAAUUAAUCAAUUAAUGCAGUCUAUUGUAGAAAACGCUGACAAAUGGGAUGGCGAAUCAAUUAUAUGUGCUAGAGGCUUUUGUUUGACAUUAGAAGAUUUUGAUUUUAAUUUUAAUUUAAUCAUUUUUGGAAAAAUACUUCCUUUAGCUAGGUACCUUUUUGAUGUAUUACAAAAAAAAGUGUUUGAUAUUUCAUAUUGUACUCAAAAAAUAAAUGAAUUUAAGAAACAAUUAAAUGAGUAUAGGCAGAAAUUUAAUUUAGUUUGGAAUGAAGUAAAUGACUUAGAAAAAAAUAAAAUAAUCCCAUCCAGAAAUAAAAGGUGUCGAAUGGUUCAAGUAUCAGAAGAUAGAAAAAUUAACUAUAAACGUUUAUUUUAUGAAAUAAUAGAUACUAUUUUAGUUAAAAUUGAUGAACGAUUUUCUGAAGUAUAUAACUUAAAAUUUAUGGGGUUACUUGAUUUUGAAAAAUUUUCCCAUUACAAAGAUAAUUUUCCUCAGGAUAAAUUUAGUUCACUUAAACAAACAUAUGGUCAGUAUUUUGAAUUUCCAAAGCUAAAGAGUGAAUUGUCAAUUAUAUAUUCAUCUGAUCAGUUUCAUCAAACACAUAUUUAUAAACUUUUAGAAUAUUUGAGGGAAACAGAUUUAACAACUGUUCUACCUAAAGUUACUAAAUUAUGUGCAUUAAUUUUAGCCAUUCCUGCAACAAGUGCUUCUGCUGAAAGAUCUUUUUCCGCUUUAAAAAGGGUAAAAACUUAUUUAAGAAAUAAUCAAACUCAAAAUAGACUUUCAAAUUUAUCUUUACUUUCCAUAGAAAAAGAAGUUUUAAUGACUACAAAGUGUGAACCUAAUUUUCAUAAUGAUACAAUAAAUGCAUUUUUUUACAAUAGACUAUCAAAGGAAACUUUUGUAUUUUUAUUACAUUUAAUUGGAAACGAUUUGCGACGUUCUACAAAUAGAAGCUUCGCCAUUUCUCCAGAAAUACAAAUUUUGGUGACUUUAAGAUACUAUGCUACAGGUACCUUUCAAGUAUGUAUAGUGGCCGUUAUUGGAGAUCACGUACACGUCCAUAAGUCAACAAUAUGCCGAACCAUAAAACGUGUGUCAUUCGCGAUUGGUCGUCUUCGUCCGCAUUUUAUCAACAUGUCUAGGGAUGCUGAAGAAAUUCAGAAAGUUCAAACAGGUUUUUUCAGAUUGAAAGGAUUUCCAAGAGUGGUUGGGGCAGUAGACUGUACCCACAUUAGGUCACCAAACAGCAAUAUUGGAGAAAGAUUUCGAAAUCGGAAAGGGUAUUUCUCCUUCAACGUACAGGCUAUAUGUGAUAGUAACUUAAAAAUCAUGAAUAUUGUUGCACGGUGGCCAGGUUCUGUUCAUGACAGUACAAUUUUUGAUAAUAGUAUGUGUAGGGCUCAGUUUGAAAAUGGAGAAUAUGGAAAUAGUUUUUUACUCGGAGACGGAGGCUAUCCAUGUCGUGAUUACAUGAUGACUCCUCUUCUUCGUCCCGUUACUGAAGCUGAGAAAAGAUAUCAGAAAGCUCAUAUUGGUACAAGAAACGUUGUAGAAAGACUAUUUGGUGUGUGGAAAAGAAGAUUUCCGGUGAUAGCUGUAGGACGCACACAGCUUAACACGACUAUGACGACCAUUGUUGCCACAGCUGUUUUAUACAACAUUUUAAAAGAACAAUGUGAUGAAAUGCCAGCUGACGAAAAUGCCGUAGAUAAUGACUUACUUCUGGAAAUUGAUAUGAACCCUGUACGGCAAACAGGCAAUUUAGUCAGAGGACAGUUAAUUGACCUGGUAUUUACAUAA